AUUUUUAAUAAUUACCAUGAUCGACUAUAUGUUUAUGUAUUCAGAAGUUUUUGUUUUCAAAUUGUUAUCACCAAAACCAUAAUGGGGAAACAACGUGUUUGAGGAAAAAUAUCGAAAAUAUGUUUUCCUCAAUCAUUGUCAUUCAGUUUUGUUUCUGUCUGUAAAAAUUUAGCCGAAGUACGUUAGGUUGGUGACGUAUUUUAACUUCGAACAGUGUUAUUGAAGAGAAGUAGAGGCUGAUCUUUCUAGUCAUGGGUAAACAAAAUAGCAAACUGAAACCGGAAGUACUGGAAGAUCUGAAACAGAAUACUGAAUUUUCUGACGCAGAAAUCCAAGAAUGGUAUAAGGGAUUUCUCAAGGAUUGUCCUAGCGGUCAUCUGUCAGUUGACGAAUUCAAAAAGAUCUACGGGAAUUUCUUUCCCUAUGGCGAUGCUAGCAAGUUUGCCGAACAUGUAUUCCGUACUUUCGAUGCGAAUGGGGAUGGUACCAUAGAUUUUCGGGAGUUUUUGUGUGCCCUCUCAGUAACUUCGAGAGGCAAACUGGAACAGAAACUGAAGUGGGCAUUUUCUAUGUAUGAUCUCGAUGGAAAUGGAUAUAUUUCAAGACAAGAAAUGUUAGAAAUCGUCACGGCUAUUUACAAAAUGGUUGGCUCCGUCAUGAAGAUGCCAGAGGAUGAAAGCACUCCUGAAAAACGCACAGACAAAAUAUUCCGACAAAUGGACAAAAAUAAGGAUGGCAAACUGAGCUUAGAAGAGUUCAUCGAGGGUGCGAAAAGUGAUCCUUCUAUCGUGAGAUUACUACAGUGUGAUCCCCAAGCUCAGUAGUAACAACAAAAACUAGGUUCUUACAUAGAGACUGUUUAUUAGUUGUUUUGAACAACUUUUUUGUGAUCUCAAGGCUGAUCCUUGAUGUCAGAUGGACAAAUUGUAUAUUUAUCUAUUCCUGUUUUUGAUUUGUUCUGAGCAACAGUUUACUGAUUUCUCACAUUUUUGGAACAUUCUUAUGUAGAAUUGUUGAAUAUACUUAAACUCAACUUUCCUCGAGAUAACAUAUAUAUGAAUUGUUUAACAGUUAUGUGAACAUUGAAUGCAGAAAAAUUUUGGGUAUAUUAACUUGGAACAAAUCAAGUGAUAUUUAACUAGGGAGUUUUUCACUCUCCCCAACUUAAUUACUCUUCUUUGUUCAUGGUAUUUGUCUUGUUUUAUAUCACUUUCGGAUUUGCCCAUAAUUUACCAAUUUAAUUGAUCAUAAUUUACAAGUAUACUCUAGUGAUGUUAUUUCAAUGUAGACAUUAUUUCCUGUGUGUUGAAUGAUUGAUUUCUUCAAUAACUCACAUCAAUACAAUAUAUCAUCACUCUUUUUUUUACCGAAAUGUAAAACUUAUUCAUUUCACGAAAAAUUCUUUUUUCAUAUAUCUGAAUGCAGCUUGAUUAAGAAUUAACUUCGAAAGAAAAAAAACGAAAACCCAAAAUGGUGAUAUCUGACCACUAAAACUGCGAAUAAUUUCUUCAAAUCUAAUAUUUUCCACCUUUUCUUAAGAUUGGAAAUUGAUGUCCUCAGUCAUAAGAACUUUACUUAUAUACGUAUAGAGCAUGAAAUGUUUUUGUUUUGAUUAAUGUUGAACGUCAAAUACGUUCAAUUUGUAUGAGCAGGACCAUAAAUGAUAAAUUUAGCGAAGAGGCAUUUUCAUUGUGAAAUGACUCAAACUUGUUGUUCAAUGUGCAUAAUUUUAGAAACUCUUAUAAUAUUGUAACGUAAGAAUGUUUUUGUUAUUUUUUUAUGAUUUACGUCAUUUUGGUGUUGAUAAUUUUAAUUUGUUUUAUUUGAAGGCUCUCUUCAUAAUAUGCUCUCGUAUUUCUAGAGAGUCAGAGAUUUUGAAAUUUAAAAAACAAACAUAUUUGGACUGAAAUAUUAUUAUUAUUUAUUGAAUUAUUCAUAGUAUAUAAUAUCUUAAGAGCAUGAUUUGAAAUUGUUACCAAAUAUUUCUGACAUAAAUACAAUGAAAUUUUUCCCCACAUUGUUCCUUUGAAAUUCACAUGUUCAUACUUUUCCACCAAACACAUUACUGUAGGACAAAACAAUACAGAAUAUCUCAUCCAAGAAGCUCAUGAAGACAAUACAGUAAGACAGUAUGAAAUCUCCUACCAUUUCAGAUUAUAGAUUAUGAUUUGAAUGGAUUCUGAACCUAUUAGGGAAUCUAAUUGAAUUUUUAUAUAUUUUGAGAGUUUUCAAAUUGACCAUAGAUUUCAUAAAUCCGUUUAUUAUACUGAUAUUAUAUAUAAUUGUUGAAUAUGAAAGAUAAACCUUUCUGGAAUAUAUACUUUGUCAAUUGAAUACUAGAUAGUUGUGGUACAAAUUAUUUCCAAUUGUUGCAAUUUUUGGAUGUUAUUUAUCAUUAUUAUUUAUGACUAUACAAUGAUUUGCACAGUAUUAAUGAAAUAUAUCCAUUCAUCAUCUGAUUUCAAAACCUAAAAUCUUAACUCAUGUGAUGAAUUAUUUAUAAUCCUUCUCAUUUUAAUCAAGAAAAAAUGAGAAAAUAUUGAAGUUAUCACUAUAUAAAUUGUAAUCUUAAUAUAUAUAAAGAAUGAAGUUCCGACAAAUUUUCAAUCUAAAAUGUAAGUAAUAAUCCUAUCUUAGAGAAGUUUUAUGAAUGAAAUGUACUUACCUAUUCUAGUACUCAUUUUGAAUUCUACUUUAAGCUGACGAAUUUUAUCAUAAGAAGUAAGUGUUAGUGUUCAACAUUUGAAUAUGGUUCGAAAUAUCGAUCUAGAAUAAGUCAAUUCAAACUUUUCAACCUAAUGAUCUAACUUAUCACUUUGCUUAAGCACGUUUUCAAUCGAAAUUACACUCAGGAAUAUGAAACAAAUUAUAUUUCAUAUAAAGAGACGAAUCUAUUAAACGAUGAAAUUGUUGGAAUCGAAUUUUGAAAAUUGUGCAAAAAUGUUUUGAACCCACAUAAAAUUGGAAAAUAUGUUUUUCUUUAAUUUGAUUUCAGAAAUCGUUUUCAAAUUAAUAUUUGAGUCAAAAAAUAGCUGAAAUAUUGCCAAUUUUAUCGGUAUUCUUACCUAGGAAAUUUAUUAUAGAGAAAAUAGUAUUCCACCAAAUUAAAUUGAAAUUUUUUUCCAAAUAAUAGUGAUAUGAGAUUUUCUUGAUAUUUAGGAAAUUGUAUUUUUUUCUUUUUGAAAUCACAUUUUUCGCAGUGAAUUAUGCAAACAUAAUUUCCGAAUAUUAUCAGUCUUCUAAAAUACUUCUUAGCUGUUUCAUUGGGAACUCAAAUACAACAAAAUUCUCUGAGGCAAAAUAUUUACCAGUGUUUGGGAAAUUUCAAUAUCUCUUGGAAGUAAUACCUACUAAGACGAAGACUAUUCUCAAAAAAUAAUUCUCCAUAUAUUGCUAAGGUAGGUGACUGAUAUCUAUUUAUCAAAAAUAAGUACAAAGACUCUGAAUACAGAGAAAUAGAACUGAUGAACUCAACGAUAACAGAAGAACAUUAAAUAAAAUAUGACGAAGUGAACUGCUUUAAAACGAUUAUUUCACCAAUUAUAUUUCUUAUUAUAUAGUUUUAAUACAUUCAAUUGAAUAUUUUACACUCAACUUGUUCAACGACCAUAUUUUAGAAAUUUUUUUCUGAGACAACAUAACAAUAAUUCCAUAAAAAAAAUAGCUAGACUUCGCCCCUUAAAUUGCCAAAUGAUGACUCUAAAAUUAUUAUGUUUCAUAUACCUGAGAUCAUGGAAUGCUUGUUCCAUAAAAUUUGUAAUCUUGAAGAUAUCAUCAGAUUUCCAAGGGAUUUUUCUUGAUGUAUUUAUGACUAUUACAUUAGUGGAAGGAUUUCAAAUUUUUGAAACUUUGUUAUUUGCUUUCGCCAUCAUUUGUAUUUUUGAAAUAUGGAUUUUUCAUUGAAUGAAUUUAUUGCAUUCGUUUUGCCACUAUCACGGUUUGUUAAAACAUUCACUAAGUUUUAUUGUUUUGUUAUAUAUAUUUUUCUUCUCAUUCGAUUUCAAGGAAUGUUUAUUACAAGCGAUGUGAUGUGGCCUAAAAAUGAUAUAUUUUUCAUUUUAAUCUUAUGGUUUUAUUUUUUUUAAUCAUAUAUCUACCUAUUUAUACAUUUACGAGUGUACCUAUCAAGCCUUUCGAUCUUCCCAGUUCUUGUGCAAGUUGUGGAUAAUAGUAAUUGAUAUCUAUUUAUCUAUUUCAUGUAUUACUGAAGUAAAUAAUUGCUAAAUGCAA